UCAAAAGAAAAAGUAGAGUAGCAGAAUACGUAUAACAAAGGGAAGAACAAAGUGCAGAGAGAAACCCUAGUUGGUCUGUUUAGGGUUUUCUAUUACCAGAAAUUAAAGAGCAACAUAAGGGAUUCGAUUAUAUUGAGGAGACUGGAGAGCUGUGACCACCAAGAGGCUUGUCUCCUAAACAGACCAGACUAGCAUUCUGCAGUUUUGAUGCUGGAGCUUCUUCCCAAACUUGGAGAUUUUCAUAUAGAAUCACCCCUCUGUAGGUUGGGCUUGGGAAAACUUAUUUUGUCAACAUUCAAGCUAUGAGGUUACAGAAUGCCAGGCUUACCUUUGUCCAUUCGUGAAGCGACGUAUGAUUUGGAAUCCUUGCUGCUAUUGCGAUAGCCAUUCUGGGACUGCAAAUCAGAUGUGUCGGCAAGAUUCCAGAGUCAACUUAUCUCCAGAGGAGGUAGCUGCAGCUGAAGAAAGUCUCUCAAUUUAUUGCAAGCCUGUUGAACUCUAUAAUAUUCUUCAACGGCGUACCUUACAGAAUCCAUCCUUUCUUCAAAGAUGCUUACAUUACAAAAUACAUGCUAAGCGGAAAAGAAGGAUACACAUGACCCUUUCUGUUUCUGAAAAUGUGAGUGGAGUGCAGCCGCAAACCAUAUUGCCCAUAUAUGCCAUCUUGGCAAGACCAGUUUUUGAUAACGAAGUAGGAGGGCAUUCUGCAGUUUAUCGCCUCUGCCGGGCAUGUGUCCUAACUGCUUUUAGUGAAUCCGAGAGGAAGGACCAGGCUGAAGCAAAUUUUAUUCUCCCUGAAAUUAAUAAGCUGUCAGAUGAAAUUAAAGCCGGCAAACUCACCAUCUUAUUGGUCAGCUGUGGGGGUAGUGAAAGUUCUUUAGGCGAAAGAAAUCUAUCUGAAGAUCAGUUCGAUAUGAAAUCAUUUCCAUCAAAUUUGGGAGGCCAUUGCCUGUGGGGUAACAUACCAAUGGAGUCGCUCUAUCUAUCAUGGGAGAAAUGUGUGAACUUAAAAUUGGGGCAUAGGUUUGAGAUGCCAUCAACGAUUGCUUUACACUCUUCCUUUUUGGAGGUGAGUGGCUUGAAUGGUGGCUAUUGUAUAUCGUUCCAGAUUCCUCAUAGUUCUGUUUCCAAGCAUCUGCCUGUAAACAUCUCCGCGCAAGAGUUUGGGGGAAAAGAAACAUCUCCUUAUAACUCAUACAAUUACAAUUAUGUGUCCAGUUCAUCAUUGCCUCACAUUAUCAGAUUGAGAACUGGAAAUGUCAUUUUCAACUAUAAAUACUAUAACAACACAUUGCAAAAGACCGAAGUUACUGAAGACUUUUCUUGCCCCUUCUGCUUGUCGCAGUGUGCAAGCUUCAAGGGACUUAGACAUCAUUUGUCUGCCUGCCAUGACCUGUUCAACUUUGAGUUCUGGGUUACGGAAGAGUACCAGGCGGUGAAUGUUUCAGUGAAAAUUGAUAUCUGGAGAUCUGAGAUAGUUGCCGAUGGAGUUGACCCAAGGUUGCAAACAUUUUUCUUCAGCUCAAAAUUUCGAAGACGUAGAAGAUCGAGGAGUGCAUUACCAAAUGAAAAGAAUGUCCAUCCGCUUUUCUUGAAGUCAGACUCCCCAGAAGUGAAUGGUUUAGGCUUUUGUAAGCCUCCCGUGGACGAGGCUGUUAACCGUUCUGCGCGUAUGCCUGCUACGUAUGCAAUGGACACUGAGCCAAUUAAUCACUCUCAUCGGGUGUUAGAUGAAGAUGCUCACUCAAGUAAAGAAAGGCAGAAGAUUCCUAAGGUUUUUACCUGUGAGAGUAAUUGGCAGAUUGUAAGUCAUAAUGCUGCAAGUAAUCGUUGUGAGACUCCUUUUGUGUCUGAGUUCAUGGAAAGGGUUGCAUCAAGCCCUAACAUCACAGUCUUUUCAACUGCUAUUGCUCAGUCUCCUGGAGGCCCCGAAAGCCUUCAACCAGCUGCAGGAAGCACUCUUGCACCACCUCCCAUGCUUCAAUUUGCGAAAACAAGGAAAUUAUCAGUUGAACGUUCCGACCCGAGAAACCGUGCACUCUUGCAGAAGCGACAAUUUUUCCACUCCCAUCGAGCUCAGCCAAUGUCAAUGGAGCAAGUGUUGUCUGAUCGGGAUAGUGAGGAUGAAGUUGAUGAUGACAUUGCUGACUUUGAAGAUCGAAGGAUGCUUGAUGAUUUCGUUGAUGUGACCAAAGAUGAAAAACAGAUUAUGCAUCUCUGGAACUCAUUUGUGAGGAAACAAAGGGUGUUGGCUGAUGGUCAUGUUCCUUGGGCAUGUGAAGCGUUCUCGAAAUUGCAUGGUCCAGAUCUUGUUCGUGCCCCAGCACUAAUCUGGUGUUGGAGGUUGUUUAUGAUCAAACUAUGGAACCAGAGUCUCCUUGAUGCUCAUACAAUGGACAAGUGUAACUCCAUUCUUGCAAGAUACCAAAGUGAGUUCGCAGAUCCCUAGACUACGUGGAGUUGUAUGUUGCGAAUUGAGAGGAAGCAAAGCAGAGAGGAAGCAAAGCAGAAGAAAUACACCAGACGUGCGUGAUUCACUAAUUAAUGAUCAGUAUCAAUGUUAAAUUUUUGAUUGAUGGGGUUCGAAAGGAAAAUGAGGUUAUGUAAUUCUUUUAUAUCAGCAGAGAAAACAAAAAAGAAAUACAUCUCAAUCGCAAGCAGUGAAUGUGUGGUAUAAUCUUAUGGAUCGUUCCCCUCUUAAGAUGAUUUGUAUGACUAGAAUUCUUUUUACUAAAUAUGAACAUUGUUGGUGGCCUCGUGUUCUCAAAA